CUUUUAAAUAUGUCAAAAUGUCAAAUGUGUGGUCAAAUGUGUUUUAAAUUCUUUUCGUGUCGGUUAUAUGUUUUUAUUUUACUCUUAUAAAUUCCAAAUUUUUCCUCAAUACCGCUCAAUUUUGUACAAUUUAAUAGAUGGAUAACAGAAAUAAGUAAUAUUUAUGUUCAAUUUUACUUAUGAUUUCUUAUUAGAAAUCGUUUUAAAUUAUAUGAUGGCAGGAACGAUUUCUAAUCUUAAGAAAUCGUAAAUUGUGUUAAAUUACUACAAAAAAAUUAAAAACAAUGAAGCAACAAGAGGUAAAAGAAAAGAGCAAAAAUGACUCUAAUAUGACCGAGGGUUCAGGUGAUGAAGCGGACGAGACUUCAAGUAUAGGCAGUACCUCUACUACAGAUAAUACUUCCAGAAGUGCAACACCAACCAAUAAAACGCGUAAAGGACGAACUACUAAAAAAAGGUUCAGUAGUAACACACCGAAGGUUUUGAAACCAAUUUAUAAAUACGUAUGUAGCAUUAAAGAAGACCAUGGACAGCCUUUGUUUGGUGUCCAGUUUAACCAUCAUUUAAGGGAGGAUCAACCGAUGAUAUUUGCGGCUGUCGGUAGUAACAGAGUUACUAUUUACGAAUGCCCAGAUGGUGGGAUCAAAUUAUUACAGUGUUAUGCUGAUCCAGAUCUAGAUGAAAAUUUUUAUACUUGUGCUUGGUCUUAUGAAGAAGAUUUAGGUAAACCACUACUAGCUGUUGCUGGCUCAAGAGGUGUAAUAAGAAUAUUAAAUCCCACAACAAUGAGUUCCCUGAGACAUUAUAUUGGACAUGGUCAUGCUAUCAAUGAAUUAAAAUUUCAUCCUAGGGAUCCAAAUUUACUACUGUCUGUAUCAAAGGAUCAUUCAUUACGAUUAUGGAAUACAAGAAGUGAUGUCUGUAUUGCAAUAUUUGGUGGUGUCGAAGGACACAGAGAUGAAGUUUUAAGUGCUGAUUUUGAUUUAUUGGGCUGUAGAGUUAUGUCGUGUGGAAUGGAUCACUCCUUGAAGUUAUGGAGGAUGGACAAAGACUAUAUGAAAGAAGCCAUAAGGCAGUCCUAUAACUGGAACUCCAGUAGAAGUUCCAGGCCAUUUGAUACCCUUAAAGAGCACUUUCCUGAUUUCUCUACGCGAGAUAUUCAUAGGAAUUAUGUCGAUUGUGUAAAAUGGUUUGGUGAUUUUCUAUUGAGUAAAUCUUGUGAAAAUUGUAUCAUUUGCUGGAAACCUGGUAGAUUAGAAGAUGACCAUCUAAGAAAGGGCGAAACCACAUCAACUAUAAUACAUAAAUUUGAGUAUAAAGAAUGUGAAAUUUGGUUUGUGAGAUUUGCCAUGGAUUUUUGGCAAAAGAUUUUAGCUUUGGGUAAUCAAACGGGUAAAGUGUUUGUAUGGGAUUUGGAUGUAUCAGAUCCAGCUCAAGCUAAAUGUUACACAUUACAGCAUCCACGAUGUGUAACUGCCAUAAGACAGACAGCCUUAAGUCGAAAUGCAAAUAUACUAUUGUAUGUUUGUGACGAUGGUACUGUAUGGAGAUGGGACAAGAUAGUCUAAAUUAUAUUAUUUUGCAUACUAUGUAUGCUUUUUCUAUUUAAGAAUAUUACCAAUUAUAUGAUAUAUUUAUU